AUGUCCCACGAGCAGGACCCCACCCUCAGGGAUGCAGAGGCCACAGCUCGGAGGUGGCCGUGGAUGGUCAGUGUGCAGGCCAAUGGCAUACAUAUCUGCGCAGGCACUCUCAUUUCCUCCCAGUGGGUGGUGACUGUGGCCCACUGCGUGCUCCAGAGUGACGUUACUUAUUCUGUGCGGGUGGGGAGCCCCUGGAUUGACCAGCUGGCUCAGACUACCAUCGACCUCCCGGUGCACCAGGUCAUUGUGAACAGCCGGUUCCGGGCCCAUCGCUUAUGGUCCUGGGUGGGCCGGGCCAACAACAUUGCCCUCCUCCGGCUUAAGGGGGAGUUCAAGUACAGCAAGUACGUCUGGCCCAUCUGCCUGCCUGGCAUAGACUACGUGGUGAAGGACGGCGCCCUCUGCACUGUGAUGGGCUGGGGGCUCCCUCAGGUUAACGGCACACUGCCCCAGUCCCAGACCAUUCAGGAGAAAGAAGUCACCAUCCUGAACAGCAAGGAAUGUGACAGCUUCUACCACAGAUUCUCCAAAAUCCCCUCCGUGAUUCGGAUCAUCAAUUCCCAGAUGAUCUGCGCGGAAGACAGGGACAGGGAACAGUUCUGCUAUGAGAUAAGUGGGGAGCCCCUGGCCUGUCCUAUGGGGAAAACCUGGUUCUUGGUGGGAAUGGUGAGCUGGGGCGCCGGCUGUGGUAAGAGCGAGGCCCCGCCCAUCUACCUGAACAUCCCCUCCUACCAAUACUGGAUCUGGGAACGUGUCAAUGGGCAGACUCUGCCAGCCCCAUCCAGGGCCCUGCUCCUGGCAUUGCCACUGCCCCUCAGCAUCCUUGCUGCCCUCUGA